AUGGAAGUGAAAUUUUUCAUUACCUUACUUGCUUUCUUUAUACCAUUUUCAUCACCCUCCAAAACCAAUAUUCUGAAUCAAGAUUCAUCUCUCUCCCCACCACAAGAUGUUCUUGUUUCAUCACCAAAUGGCAUUUUCACAGCUGGAUUUUACCCCAUUGGAGUAAACGCUUAUGUUUUUGCAAUAUGGUAUAGUAUGCCAUUUUCCAAUGAAAAUCACACCUUAGUUUGGAUAGCCAACAGAGAUCAACCUGUUAAUGGCAGAUACACAAAAUUCUCCCUUCUGAAAUCAGGCAAUCUUGUGUUAAGAGAUGCAGGCACUUUGCAUCAAAAAACUAUUUGGCAAAGUUUUGAUUCACCUACAAACACGCUUCUUCCCCAACAAUUACUUACAGAAAAUGGCAAUCUAGUUUCCUACAGAAGCCAAACUAAUUACUCUUCUGGUUUUUACAAGCUCUUCUUUGACGAUGACAAUGUCCUCCGCCUUGUUUACAAAGGUCUUGGGAUAAGCAGUGUGUUCUGGCCACCUCCAUGGUUGAGCAGCUGUGACGGAGGGAGAUUGACCUACAAUACUUCUAAGAGGAGAUUAACACUAGAUCCUGAUGGCAACCUUCGGGUGUAUAGUCUGAACCAGAAGCAUGGAAGUUGGAAUGUUACAUGGCAAGCUGAAGUUCAACCAUGCAAAAUCCAUGGAGUUUGUGGAGCAAACAGUCUGUGUACUUAUGUUAAUAAUCUGUCAGGGAGGAGAUGCACUUGUUUACCCGGAUACAAGAUGAAAAAUGACACAGAUUGGUCCUAUGGAUGUGAACGAAAUUUCAAGCUGUCUUGUUCGGACAAUAAUUCGAUUGGUUUCUUCGAAGUUCAUCAUGCUGAAUUUUAUGGCUAUGAUAUUAAAGUAUACUAUAAUAUCACCAUAAAGUCCUGCAAAAAUAUUUGUCGGAGAUACUGUGAUUGCCAAGGAUUUCAGUAUAAAUACGAUAUACAAAGUGGCACUUACAAUUGCUUCCCCAAAACAUUAUUGUUUAACGGAUACCAGUCGCUGACUUUUCAGGAUCCAGCUUACAUAAAAGUACCGAAAUCUAGUCUAACUACUUACAAGAACCAUGUUCCAGAAUUUGAACUCAAUUGCAGAGACCGUGUUACGCCAGUUAACAUUGUGUACAAAAAAGAACAUGAGUGGAUCACGCACUUGCUCUGGUGUGCUUGUGGAGUUGGAGCCUCUGAAAUCAUCAUUUUGCUCAUUUGCUUCUUCGCAACCCGACUGCCCACUAAUGCCACCUCGCAAGGCUAUCUUCAAGUUGGAGUAGGAUUCAAGAGAUUCACCUAUGCCGAGCUCAAGAAGGCAACGCGUGGAUUUAAUGAAGAAAUCGGACGAGGAAGCAGUGGCGUUGUAUACAAAGGCACACUGUCGGAUAACCGAAUAGCAGCCAUUAAAUUCCUAUGUGAAGCUCAACAGGGAGAAGGUGAAUUCCUUGCUGAAAUAAGCAUAAUUGGCAGACUUAACCACAUGAAUUUGAUCGAGACAUGGGGUUAUUGUGCUGACGGUACUGCAAAAGGUCUUGCCUACUUGCAUGAAGAGUGUUUGGAGUGGGUUUUGCACUGCGAUGUUAAGCCUCAGAACAUACUUUUGGACUCCAAUUUCCAGCCAAAGGUUGCAGAUUUUGGCCUGUCCAAAUUAAUUAAUAGAAAUAGAAACGAGAAGUCAAACUUUUCAAGAAUCAGAGGAACCAGAGGGUACAUGGCUCCUGAGUGGGUAUAUAAUCUACCUAUCACGUCAAAAGUUGAUGUAUACAGCUAUGGGAUUGUGUUAUUAGAGUUAAUAACAGGAAGAAGCCCAGCAAAUGACAAUGAGAGUGGUUUGGUAAAUUGGGUGAGGGGAAAAAUACAAAAUUCUGAGGAAAGAGUUUCAUGGAUUGAAGAAAUUGUGGAUCCUUCCAUUAAUGAAGAAUUUGAGAAAGAUGUGGCAGAAACUCUGGUUAAAGUGGCAUUGCACUGUGCAGAGGAAGACAGAGAUUCAAGACCUAAAAUGAGCCAGGUAGUCGAUAUGCUUCUUUCUCAUCAAGGUUAG